CGCUCACCUGGGCUGGACCCGUGAGACUUCAAGACCCUGGACGCAUACAACUACUGCCCCAAGUAAAAACACGCUGUCAUCAUGGACGAGUUUUCCAACAGUGAAGAUUUGUCUCUUCCCAAAGCCACCGUCCAAAAGAUUAUCUCGGAGAUCCUGGCUCAACUGCCUAAUGAAACCUCCAGCGCCGGCAAGGAAGGCGAGAUGACCUUCACCCGUCCGGCUCGCGACCUUCUCAUUUCGUGUUCGCUCGAGUUCCUGCGCAUGCUCUCCUCCGAAUCAAACGAAAUCUCGGAGCGCGAGUCCAAGAAGACCAUUAGUGUCGAACAUGUUGAACAAGCCCUCACCGAGUUGGGGUUUGGAAGCUACAUCGAAGGCUGCCGCGGUGUCGUCGGCGAGUGGCAAGAGGUGCAGAAGAAGAGAAUCGGACGAGGCGAGAAAAUGCGCAACUUCGGCGGAUUUGAUAAGAUGGGAGAAGAGGAACUGAGGAAGAUGCAGGAAGCACUACUGGGCGAGGCGAGGGGAAGAAUGGAGGGCGGUGGUGCAGGACAAAACGACACGCAUGGGCAGUAGGCUAACACCCUAAGGUCGCUAAACGAAUCGCAAGCCCCGGGAUGCUGCCGCUGGGCUGACUAUCUCACCUCCUGGAAGGAGCACAGAGAUAAUCACUUCGAGAGGACCCGCUGAGUGUGCCGCGGGGUCUACUCUAUUCAUGCCCUCAGAGAACCAGCAAUAUUGUCCAGCAUACCUGGCUGAAGGGAGCAACACCAUGCGACACACGCAAAUCGCCCAGCUCAUUGGGUUCUGACGUUGUGUCACCCAAGCAAGAAAACAUUACAACAUUUGUAUAAAUACUUGUACCAACAGGCUGCGUUGGGCUCUCGGGGACCGCGACAUGAAGCCUUACGGACCGAGACAACCUAUGCAGAAGGCUUAAGGCGUCAAACCCCGGAGAGCCGCCUUGUUUGUGAGGCGAGAGGUUACGACGCCCGAUCACAAUACAGCACCUCAAAAAUCUCAAACACAACAACUAGAACAGAUGAGAAAACGCCUUUUGAGCUUUGAGAACACGCCCUGAUAUCGAAAGCUUAGCAAAGCUCCAACCCCGAGCUAGGAUUGCCGAAUCUAUCAUCUGAUCCUUCGAUUAUCAAUGAGGUCUCUCUGAUAUAUUUUCCUGGAAGGGCGAUGCUCGACCCUCUUCCUCAUUCCUCCCGGGAUGUUUCUUGCGACUGCUGGACAAUGCGAUUACUUGAAGCCACCGUGGUCAAUGUACAUGAGCGGGGUACACGCACAACCCUCAUGACGGCAAUUGCGGAAAGUGAAGCCUCCAUUCCCCGCACAUGGUCACCUGAAUGCUAGCCGGCAACAUAGGAUGAGAAAUAUGGAAGCCGUUCGGAACGACAGGAAAUGGAAGAUGAAUGAAGUGGACGAGAUGUACGGGGCCGCAACGCAAGCCGUUAAAGCAUUGUUUGAGUGCAACAUGAUGACAACGCAUAGUUUUGCAUUAAUAGAGCAAUUAAUUCUGGCAUACUG